AUGACUUCCCUUUACAAUACGGUCGGUUGGAAGACAUCUUCCAUGCAAGAUCUAAAAGACCAAACCAAGAAACUACAGUGUGAAAGCGAUUUGAGGAAACUGCAAAACACAAUAAGAGAUAGCAUAAGCGAAGGCAUUAGGGCUCAAACUCUCAAAGAGGGCAUCAGUCUCAAGAUCGAGAACGAAGACGGCCAAGUUUUCUUCCGCCCAAACGGCACUAUGAAGGGCAGUUCAGCACUGAACAUCGAGAUGAAGCACAAAGGAUUCAAUGGCAAGAUCUACGUUGAACCCGGCGCCUCAAGCUGGUUCACUGGUGGAUGGGCCAGAGCGCUCGUUCUGGUGGGAACGGUAUAUCUAUACCGUAACGAACUCCGCAUCAUCGGCCGAGGUGUGCUAGCUGGAGCGAAUCUAGCCAUCGAGCGUUGGGAACAACGUUAG